AUAGGAGUUUCUGAUUCAAUGUGCUCGCUUGGAGAAAUAAUGGGAAGCGAUGGAGAGCUUUUGGUCGUAUGCGGUGAUAGAAGCAUGGGAUUAGGGUUAAAGAUUUUGGACAUGAACACAGGAGAGGAACUUCUUCACCUGCCAAACUGUGCUUCACCUUCCAGCGGGGUGGUUUGCUUAAGGGACCAGUUUAUUGCAGCGUCGCAAAUUAACAGACACGGAUCUGUAGGUGGCGGAGCCAUAGGCAUCUGGACUUUGAACAAGCCUCAACAAGCUCUUUGGAGCUACCCAUUGGAGGAAAUUGGACCACUUGCUUGCACAAAGGACGGCACAUAUCUCGCUGGAGGAGCUUUAUCGGGAAAUGCUUAUCUUUGGGAUGUGACUGGUGGAAAAUUGCUCAAGACUUGGAGGGCUUGUAGUAAAACUUUGAACUGCCUGUUAUUUUCUGAUGAUGAUUCUCUCCUCAUUUCUAGUUCUGAUGAUGGUAUGAUAUGUGUUUGGUCUUUGAUUAGUUUGUUAGAUCUGGAAGGAACUGGAAGCCUGCCUUCUUUGUUACAUUCUUUGUCAGGGCAUGAGUCCACCAUAACAGGUCUCUUAACUACAUCAGGCAAUUAUUUCUCAGUUUUAGUAUCAAGUUCACUCGACGGAACUUGCAAGGUGUGGGAUUUUAUCACAGGACGCCUUGUGCAAACUCAUGUUCAUCAUCUGGCAAUAACUUCCAUUUUUCUUUACCAAGGAGAGGGGCUCUUGUUUUCUGGAUCAGCAAAUGGACAUAUAAUUGGUAGAAAGCUUGAUGUAGAUCUGGAGGAAGAACUUUUCAGCAUUGCAUCUGACCAAUUACUUGAAUUGAAAGGACACAGUGGAGCUAUAACUGCCCUGACCUCUGGUCAAGCUGGCCUAAUAUCUGCCUCUGAAGAUAAUACUAUCUGCAUUUGGGAUGUCAUUAGCUGGACAGUUAUUCGAAGGAUCAAUGUUGAAAAAGGGAAAAUAACUAAUAUGGUGGUUGUUCAGCGGUCUUCAAUGCUCUCUGCAUCAAACCGUAGGAAAGCUUCCAAUCAGUAUACUGUCUCUGCUCUCGACAAGUAUCCUCAGCUGAUCAGCUUAUCAAAGGGAAAGGGAACUACAACUCUCCAUUCCUUAGGAAGUCCCCAGCACAUGUUUGAUGGGCAGAAAGUGAACAUGCCUUUGGACAUGGUCAUGCAAAUGAAGGUGGAAACAAGCAUAGAGAAUCGUGUGUGGGCAACAAAGAUGGCAAAGCAUGUGAUGGAGAUAAAUAAAUAUUUGCAGUCAUGUCUGUUAGACUUGAUGCAGCAAAGACUCUUAGAAAAGGACACUAAGAGAAUGACUAAAAAGAAGACCAAGGUUCAGAGUUAGAGUCAGGAGCUUCAAGCUUGAUUCAUCAUUUUAAGAUAAGGGCCUUAAAUUUGUAGUUUCUACCGUAUUUAAACAUAGAAGUAACAAAAAAUAAUCUUCUUUUAAGUGUUUCCCUACCCUCUUUGCUUCCAAUAUCCAAUUAUUACACCUUUUUA